GACAUGGUCCUGGUCCUGUGAGGACAUUUCAUAGAGAAUGUGAGGAACAUAUUUGGAACGUAAGGACGUUCAUUAGAAGUGGACUUUUUCUACAGAAACCAUGUUUGUGGAAAGUGAGGACGAGACUUUCAUCGUCAUUGUCCCUUAUUGUCUUUGUCCUAUCUGUCUGUCUCUCUGGUCUCAGUCUGUCUGUCCUACCUGCUGAGGAUCGUCUCUCUGAGCUCAGGAAGGUGGAGUCCUCCAGGACCAGAGGGAGUCCAGCAGGGUCCCUGUCAGAGGCCCCGAGAUCAGGACCAGGACCAGGAGGAGGAAGUAGCAACUCAGAGCAGAGCCACAGCAGGAACGGAGCCUCCAGAGGGUUCAGAGACUCAAAGGCCCCCAACGAUAAAACCGGAUCUCUGCAUUUAGAAGACGACGUCGAAUACGACGACGACUUCAACAGCCAUCGGUCGGACCUCUCGAAGAGCGAGCUCAGUAUCGGGGAGGAGAUCGAGGAAGUCUCCAUCGAGGGGCCCGACGUCAGCGACAAGUUUGAUGAAAGCACUCAGGACCUGAGCGUCUCUCAGCUCAGUCAGAGUCACGGAGCCGACUACAUGGAGGAGGUGGCCUGAGACUCCCAUCAUGCACCUCUUCCUUCUCCUCCAUAUUGAAGUGUGUAGGCCUUCUAAUAAUAAAUGGAUUUGUAUUUCACGUGUUGUGUCUCUGUGAGGUUGUUGAAGGUUUGAUGUGACGUUUCUAAUCUUUUAUCUUUAAUUUAAAACGUCUGAAGUAGAAAGAAGUAAGAGGACGUCUGGAGGACUUUAUGAAAAUAUGAACUGAAUUCAACAGCAGCGUUAUCAUUUUCAUCAGUUAAAAUUAAAAUGCAAAAAGCUGUUUUGUAAUUUUUUUCACCCAGAAGUGUGACGUGAUGAAACUUGUAGAAUUAAAUUUGCAUAAGUUUCA